GAAGAAACAUGUUACAGCGGCAUAUUGUAAGGCGUGAUGGGCGCUCGCGUAGUGGGUCCUCCCUAAAUCAGCUAUUGGAUAUCGUGUGACACCAUGGCAUUAGCUUAGAAUGCGAUGACUUCGUCUAUAAAACCGAAGGACGGUUUAUUCUUAAAAGAGUCCGCAUCGCUUGGUAAAGGAGUUAAUGACUACUGGUUGGAAGAAGGCAUCAUUAACGACUACCUUAAUGACUACAGUACAUUCAUUAACCUACAUGGAAUCAAGCGUUUGCUCAAGGAUGCCCAGGCCGUACCGGAAAUUUUGAAUAAAAUCUAUGAUUUGAACAAACAAAUACAGCCAGCUGAUAGCGGUACGGCUCUUAACUUCAAUGAUGUAAGGAGGCGGCAAAAACUUCACAAAAGAGUUGCGUUCGAUUCAAUAGCUCAUCAAGGUGGAUUGUCCGGACUGAGUUCAGCAUCGGGAAAGUCGCACAAAUUAGCAUUUACCUUUGAAAAUUUGUUGCCAUACCUUAUCAGUGAAAUGAGGAGAAACCACAGAGAUAUUGAAACCGACAGUGAUUUUGCACCGUGAUUGAAGCACAUGAACAUUCUCCAUGAACUGUUUUGUUCCGAUCUUUCUUUUUCAAAAUUUCUGUUGGUAUCCUAUGCUUUAUAUUCUUUAAUCAAUAGGCAUAUAUGCAUUGUAAUUAAUUGUUUAGCAUCACAUAUGAAAAUUAAGCUGACGAGAAAGUAGAAUAAAAAACAUUUUUGAACUAUAUGAGUAUGUGAAAUUGUUACAGCGGUUUAUCUGACCACGCAUUACCUUUCCAAAUUUGUUUUAAACAAACAAGCACGAUACCAAAUAUGCCAAAGUGAAUAAAAACAACAUGUUCUUUGAAGGGAUGUUUUAUGAUAAGCUUCAUGCAUCGCUUGCAAGAUUUGCGCUUUGAAAAAUGUCGCCGUUUCUAAGCAAGCCAUA